AUGUUUAACACAAAUAUGCAAAAAGAGAAAGGUUGUAGUUUAACUGUGUUAAUAGCUGCUUCUAAAUUUAAAGCAUUAGCGUUUCGAGCAAGAGCGAGAAGAGCAAAAACAAAAUAUCGCAAACAAAUUGAAGAUGAUCGUCGGUGGGGUGGUAGAAAACUAAAAUUAAGUGGCCGAUCCGUGUUACCAAUACCACCAGAGAUAUUUGGUUUAUUUGAAUUGGAGAUUCUUGAUUUAUGUACAGAGUGGACAAGUGGUUUGGAAUAUCGCAUAGAUCAUUUACCAAGAGAAAUUUCAUACUUAUUUCGUCUAAGAAUAUUGAAUUUAGAUACAAAUGCAAUUAGUAAUCUACCGAGUGAAGUGGGUGAAUUAAAAAAUUUGGAAUGUCUUACUGUCACAUGUAAUAAAUUGAAUACUUUACCAAUGACAUUAAAAAAAUUAACUAAAUUAGAAAGUAUUCAUUUGGCUAGUAAUUAUUUUGAAGUAUUUCCAUUAGUUUUAGUUCAAAUAGAAUCGUUAAAAUUUCUAGAUUUAAGUUGUAAUCGAAUCGACGCAGUACCGGUUACAAUAAAUAAACUAAAAUAUUUGAAAACGUUAUUAUUAUUUUCAAAUAAAAUAGAGAUUUUACCUGAUACCAUAUGUGAUUUUAUUUAUUUAACAACCUUAUGGUUAGGUGAUAAUGAAAUAAAACGUUUACCAAAACAAUUUGGACAAUUGAAACGUCUCGAUUGGGAUAUGUAUCCUUUGUCAUCAAAUAUAGCCGGUAAUCCAUUAGUCAGUCCUCCAUUAAAUAUUUGCGUAAAAGGAAUACAGGCAAUUAAAGCAUAUUUUGCCUCAGUAUCAUUCAAAAAAAAUUCACUUAUUAACACAUAA